AUGAGCCCGCGAACCCGACGACAGGCCGCCAAGGCUGGCAGCUCUUCUUCUUCUGACUCGGAGCGCGAUGUCAAGGCCAACGGCUCCAGCAACACCAACGGCAACGGCGCUGCCCACGGCGCUCCGGAUGCUUCGGACAGUGCCCCUCGCGAGAACAUCUUCCUCUUCUGGCCCAACCUGAUCGGCUACGCGCGAAUCGUCCUCGCUAUCGCAUCCCUCUACUACAUGCCCCUCCAUCCUCGCACGUGCUCGUUCCUCUACAGUGUCUCGUGUCUCCUCGACGCCCUCGAUGGCUACGUCGCGCGCAUCUACGAACAGUCGACUCGCUUCGGCGCCGUCCUCGACAUGGUGACGGAUCGCUGCACCACGGCCUGUCUCAUUGUCUUCCUCUCCUCCGCCUUCCCUCGAUGGGCCAUCGUCUUCCAGGGUCUGAUUGCCCUUGAUCUCGCCAGCCACUACAUGCACAUGUAUGCCACCCUUGUUGUCUCGGGCACCGAUUCGAGCCACAAGAACAUCGAUGCCAGCCAGAACUGGCUUCUCAGCCUCUACUAUACCAACAAGAACGUCCUCUUUGCCCUUUGCGCCCUCAACGAGCUGUUCUUCAUUGCGCUCUACCUCCUCUGCUUCUCGUCUCCUCUCGUCUCCCCCUACCUGAUCAAGCCCGUCAAGGAGGUCGGCGCCGAGCUCCAGGCCGGUGCCCAGGUCAACACGUCGAUUCUGGAGCAGAUCUUCCCUGAUCCCUUCAGCCCUGCCGCUCUCGAACUGGCCCGAGCCAACAAGAUGGACUCCACCGUCCCCUGGAUCAUUGCUGGCGUCAGCUUCCCUUUCAUGUUCAUCAAGCAGUUCAUCAACAUCGUUCAGCUCGUCAACGCGAGCCAAGGACUGGCUGAGAUCGAUAUCAAGACCCGCAAGGAGAAGGGCCUUCCCCGACCCAAGGCCAAGAAGGCUUAA